CAGAUGUCUCUGGUGUAGUCAAUCGCAAUAUGGCUGUUUGUUCCUGGGGGGUUGUAUUGUCGACGGUUUAGUGAUAUGAUUUGGUGUUAUUUUCAUCGAGCUUCUUGCACUAAACACAUGUAAUACAUAAAAUUCGCAGUUCAUAAAUAAUUCAAAUUAUUUAAGUCUAAUGGGUGCUAAAGCAAGUACUGCAAAUGGUGGAGGAACAAGUCCUCGAGCUCGAACUUUUUCAACGAGCAGCAGCUCGGAUGUUGUUGCAGGAGGUACAGGAUUUAGCCUUCUGCGUGCAAUUCCAGGUACAAUGUCUAGUGACAGGCAAAGAGCUCGUUCUCUAUCCAGUGUACCAGAUAGUCAUUCAAGUCAUGAAGCAAUAGGAAUACCGAACUCUAAUGUUGGAGCAUAUGACAUAUCCGAAUCCCCAGAAACUGAGAGCAGUUCACCAGAAGACCAUGUCUUGGACAGUCCUUUAGCAGCAAACAUCAGCCUUGGAAGGGUUUAUACGGCUCAUUCUCUGCCAUCUCAUAUUUGGUCCUUGAACGCACCACGCCAUGAAGACGCAUGGAGAAUUGGAGAUAUAGAUUCACCGUUCUUGACCUUGGCACUGGAUGGAGGUAUAAAAUGCCCGGUGUGUGCCAAGUUUGUGCUACCAGACGACAUAGAAUGCCACCUAGUGAUGUGCCUCACGAAACCUCGGCUCAGCUACAAUGAGGAUGUACUAACAGAUGACAAGGGGGAGUGUGUAAUUUGUCUGGAGGAUCUCCAACAGGGUGACACAAUUGCAAGGCUGCCCUGUCUCUGUAUUUACCACAAGAGUUGCAUCGACAGGUGGUUUGAGGUAAACCGGUCAUGUCCAGAGCAUCCCGGCGACUAGCCUCCGUGCAACUCGAGGGAGCAGGCUCCAGACCUACUGAUGUAGCCCCCUUCAUUGUUACUGGAUUGGUUUCAGUCACCAUACAUAACUACAGACAGGCCUUCUCCACAAGAUGGAAUUACCUCUACAACUGCCAGUGCCAUCCAAAUGCUACACUACAUAAUCAGUCAACUAGAGUGAUCUUUGGUGUGAAGCCAUCAGCAUUUUGCCUCUGCACUAGUUUAUUAUAAGUUGGCCUUUUCAAGAUGCAUUGAUGCCAAUAGCAUAAGAAGGUUCAGUUGCAGGAAGAUACUGAAGCUUUGGGCCGCUUGUUUCUUUUACUCACCAGCAGGAACAUUUCAGCUUCAUAAUUCCACUUCUUCCUGUUACAGAUAUUGUUUCGAAAUUUGGAUGGUACACUGAUCACUGGAAAGCUAUGCUUCUCUAUAUCAGAGGUGGUAUUUUGGAGUGAUAUAAUGUUUGUUCUAAGUUUAGUUGGAGGAACCAUUGUUCUUGGUGGAGACUGAACUUGCAACAAUUCAAGUUACAGAAUUUCACUUACUGCUUGCUUCACAUCAUGCAAGCUGUUUGUUACAUACAAGAUUUGUUCAAUGAAUAUACAUCAUAUAAAUAUAUAUAAACAAGUUUAGUAAUAUAUAGUAUAUCAGUUACGAAAAAAAAAACAUUGAGAUGAUUAGUCUUGUACAGGAACUAUAAAAUGUAUCUUUUUUUUAUUUGUGUAUAUUCCUUUAUCCCUUUAAUUCUAAUUACUAUGCAGUGACUAAUGUCUGUCAUUCAUUUUUCUUUACUGAAGCCAACAACUUAUGAUUCAGACAGGUUAUUUUUCUUUUGGAAAAAUGUACAGAAAGUAAUGGGGCUCACACCAUUGCUUUGAAAAGGAUAUACAGUCUCUUUCACAGCAAAGUGAUAUUUUUGAUACUUUCAUAAGAAAUCUCAUAGCAGAAGAUGCAGUUUGAUAGACUUGUGAGAACUAUCCAGCAUCAGAAUUAACAGUCAGUCUGUCCCCAACACAGUGGACACAUGUAUCAUGAAGAUAAAUGGUUGAUAUGUUUAGGCACAAAUUUUAGGGUGAAUCAUAAGCAGGACUUGUUUAUGGAAACUGAAGCUUUGAGGUUAUGAACAUUUAAUGGGAGUGGAUAAUUUGGUGUUAAAUUCCAUAUUAUCUUGAAGUGAAGAAACAGUUAAUAUUGAGAUAUAAUUCCCUUAUGAAAAUAAACUCUGUACCCAAACAUCAGAGUAAAGACAACACACAUAUAUAUAUCCAGCAGUGCUCGGAAAUAACUGAAUGUUUAAACUGAGGAACACUUCCCUCUUACUAAAAGGAGAAAGUUAGUGGUAAUAAGUUCCAUGCUGUUAUGCUUGAAUCAGCGAUAGGCAGCUGCUGUCUGCAGCUCAUUACCAGAUUGUGCAAGAGAUUUAUACAGACCUAAGUACACUGUACUGUUUCACCAUGGAAUGCAACACUCUGUAAGAGGGGUGAAAUGGGAUUCCCAUUGAAAAUUAAGUUAGCAUGUUGUGGGAGGUAAGCUCUCAUGACUUUGUCAUCUGUUAAUAAUUUAUUAAUUACAUACAGUUUGUGUUGAACUGGCAGUAGGCCUAAUUUUCCAUAUGAUUAAAAUAUCUCCCAAGUUAUAUUCAUUUAUGCUUUUCAUUCAAAUUGUUUGCAAAUGAAAAAAAGGAGAAUGUAUUACAUUGUUUUGAAUUAUUUGUGAAAGUAGACUUCUUUAAAGAAGGCGUUGAUUGUUCAUUAUUUUUUUUCACCUUCAUACUAAAGUUGAUGUACAAUCAAGUCAUUCAGGAAGUGAAAAGUUUUUAUGGAAGGAGAUGGUAGAUUAUGUGAAAUAAAGCCUUAACUGAUUUAAUUUUGUUUUACAUAAUAAGGAAUCAGACUUCCAAAUAUUAUCUGGGAUCUAUAGAAGACAUGUAGGCUGCUCAUCCUGCCUCCGAGAACCACUAUAUCUGAAUAAGACUGAGUGACACGUGUGAAAAUGAUCUACUGCCGUGCCAUAUUUUAUUGUCCACGUGUCUUAAUAUAGAGGUGAAAGUGGAGUGGCUCCAUUUGUAGUUUGUAUCAGGACUACAAAGUUUUUCAUUUGUAGCACAGAGCUUCACAUCCAUCUGUUCACAAGUGUAAUUGUCCAUGCCACUAUCUACAGUGAACAACAUUUUAUGACAAGCCUUGUCACAUUCUUCCAACAUAUUCAGUUAGGAAAACAUAAAUUGACAUGCUGCAGAGCUUGAAUUGGCUGGAAAUGUAUUGAAACCAUUAUCUAUUUAAUAUUGUGACUGGGUUGUGCCUUUUAUUGUCAGUACUCAAGCAUUCACCUUUUUAAUUGAUUUAUCUUCCUUUUAUUAAUACUGACAUAAAUUUCAACUUUUUCCUUUUUGAAUGAAUAUAAGAACUUACUGUAUGUUCAUAAAAACAUAGUAGACUCUACACAUGAAUCUUGAAUUGGUGAGCUAUGUCAUUGCCUGAGCAAGUGGAAGAGCAUGAAGUUCCUCAUGCUGUGUGUUCUGAAAAUAUUAUCCCAUGCCUAAUAAACAUGAGCAGUGUAUGUAAGCAUUCAGUAUAGUCUGAUGAAUAAUAGGAAGAGAUAUGUUAGAUUCAAUGUGCAGGUGCAAAGUUUGCUUUCUCAGGGUAAUGAUCACCAUCCCCACAGAUUUCAUGUUCCCAUUCUAUUAAAACUGUUGUGCAAAUAAGGGGAUUUUUUUCUCAGCUUUAAUUUAUAUUAUGUCUGAAUUACUUUUUUUGUAGUAUUAAUUUCUUCAGAUGAGUGAUGUAUUAGCAACUUGUGCAGCAUACACUUUGAACUUUUCUAGUAAGUGUUGACACCAGAAACUAUUGGUGCUAGCUGAUUAAGGACUUGGAAGUUAUGUAGUGUGUGUAAUGUUAUUAUUGCUAUUAUUACUUGUGAUGUGAUUGCAAGGAAUAUGAACCAUAUAUUAAUAAUUAAGUCAUUAUAAAAGUUA